UCUGUGCUACUGUGAAAUACUUUCUAGUACUUUGUACUACUCACUAACACAUUGUACUACUAUGUGCUACUGUGAAAUACUUUGUAGUACUUUGUACUACUCACUAACACAUUGUACUACUAUGUGCUACUGUGAAAUACUUUGUAGUACUUUGUACUACUCACUAACACGUUGUACUACUAUGUGCUAUUGUCAAAUACUUUGUAGUACUGUUUUCCCAUUUUGUAAAACUUUGUACUACUUUGGGUGAGGACAGGUGAGGAGUGUUGGUUGACAGGACGGGGGAGGACAGGUGAUGACAGGUGAUGACAGGUGAGGACAGGUGAGGACAGGUGAGGACAAGUGAUGACAGGUGAGGACAUGUGAUGACAGGUGAGGACAGGUGAGGACAUGUGAUGACAGGUGAGGACAUGUGAUGACAGGUGAGGACAGGUGAGGACAUGUGAGGACAGGUGAUGACAGGUGAGGACAUGUGAUGACAGGUGAGGACAUGUGAUGACAGGUGAGGACAGGUGAGGACAUGUGAUGACAGGUGAUGACAGGUGAGGACAGGUGAGGACAAGUGAUGACAGGUGAGGACAUGUGAUGACAGGUGAGGACAGGUGAGGACAUGUGAUGACAGGUGAGGACAAGUGAGGACAGGUGAAAACAGGUGAGGAAAAGUGAGGACAGGUGAGGACAUGUGAGGACAGGUGGACAGGUGAGGACAAGUGAUGACAGGUGAUGACAUGUGAGGACAGGUGAGGACAGGUGAGGACAGGUGAGGACAGGUGAUGACAAGUGAUGACAGGUGGGGACAAGUGAGGACAGGUGAGGACAGGUGAUGACAGGUGAGGACAGGUGAGGACAGGUGAUGACAGGUGAUGACAGGUGAGGACAGAUGAGGACAGGCGAUGACAGGGGCGGACAAGUGAUGACAGGUGAGGACAGGUGAUGACAGGUGAGGACAGGUGAUGACAGGUGAGGACAGAUGAGGACAGGCGAUGACAGGUGAUGACAGGUGCGGACAAGUGAUGACAGGUGAUGACAGGUGAGGACAGAUGAGGACAGGCGAUGACAGGUGAUGACAGGUGCGGACAAGUGAUGACAGGUGAGGACAGGUGAUGACAGGUGAGGACAGGUGAUGACAAGUGAUGACAGGUGAGAACAUGUGAGGACAAGUGAGGACAGGUGAGGACAGGUGAGGACAGGUGAGGACAGGUGAGUACAGGUGAUGACAGGUGAUGACAAGUGAUGACAAGUGAUGACAGGUGAUGACAGGUGAGGACAGGUGAGGACAGGUGAGGAAAAGUGAGGACAGGUGAGGACAGGUGAGUACAGGUGAUGACAGGUGAUGACAGGUGAUGACAGGUGAGGACAAGUGAUGACAGGUGAGGACAGGUGAUGACAGGUGAGGACAAGUGAUGACAGGUGAGGACAAGUGAUGACAGGUGAGGACAAGUGAGGACAGGUGAGGACAGGUGAGUACAGGUGAUGACAGGUGAGUACAAGUGAUGACAGGUGAGGACAAGUGAGGACAAGUGAGGACAGGGGAGGACAGGUGAGGACAUGUGAGGACAGGUGAGGACCGGUGAUGACAGGUGAGUACAAGUGAUGACAGGUGAGGACAGGGGAGGACAGGUGAGGACAGGUGAGGACAGGUGAGGACAGGUGAGGACAGGUGAGGACAGGUGGGGACAGGUGACGACAAGUGACGACAGGUGAGGACAGGUGAGUACAGGUGAGUACAGGUGAUGACAGGUGAGUACAGGUGAUGACAGGUGAUGACAGGUGGUUCAGCAGUCUUGAUGUGAGAUGAGUGAAAGAAGUGAGAUGUGGUCAGACAUCUUUAAAGGUCUCAUGCUGCUGUGAAUGUGGACUCACUUCUCUUGUCUCCACUAACAUCUUCUAAGGUGGGCGUCCAUCUUUGUCUCCACUAGCAUCUUCUAAGGUGGGCGUCCAUCUUUGUCUCCACUAACAUCUUCUAAGGUGGGCGUCCAUCUUUGUCUCCACUAACAUCUUCUAAGGUGGGCGUCCAUCUUUGUCUCCACUAACAUCUUCUAAGGUGGGCGUCCAUCUUUGUCUCCACUAACAUCUUCUAAGGUGGGCGUCCAUCUUUGUCUCCACUAACAUCUUCUAAGGUGGGCGUCCAUCUUUGUCUCCACUAACAUCAUUACAUCUUCUAAGGUGGGCGUCCAUCUUUGUCUCCACUAACAUCAUUACAUCUUCUAAGGUGGGCGUCCAUCUUGAUGUGCACAACUUUAAAUGUUCUAAGGUGGGCGUCCAUCUUGAUGUGCACAACUUUAAAUGUUCUAAGGUGGGCGUCCAUCUUGAUGUGCAGCUGACACUGGCCUAACGAGGUGUGGCUGCUAACGAGAUGCUAAUGAAGACACAAGGCCUGCUAAACUAAAGCAAGAUGGUCUGCUCAUGCACGCAGGCCAUUAAUUGAUGUGGGAUGGCGGUGGCGUGCAGGAUGUCAGCCCUCAAAAGUCUGCACCUCACGGCAGCGAGUGAAGUGCACCAAAGCGAAGCGCACCAAGGAGCAGAAGAAAAAGCGAAGCGCACCAAGGAGCAGAAGAAAAAGCGAAGCCCACCAAGGAGCAGAAGAAAAAGCGAAGCCCACCAAGGAGCAGAAGAACUUUUUUGUUUUUGUGUGGCGUGAAAGAAGAUGAUGAACCUUCCCACAAUGCAACACUUGACUCUUGUGUGUUUGUUGUGCUGCUUCAGCUUCACGCAUGCCAGUCCUUACAGCAGGUGGGAGGAUGACAUCGUGUUCAGAAAGCUGCGAGAAGUUUCCAGUGAAGAAGAGAGUGGAUCUUCAUGGAGAGAGCAGCAGCAGGUCCAGAACCUUUUCAAGAGGUUCCUCUUCCAUUAUGCCAAAGCAAAGACCUCCGAUGGCCCAGAAGAACCUUUGUCCAACUCGGUUCACCCGCUGAUGAGACUUUCACCACAACUGUCCCAGAGGAGGAAGAAGACCUUCGUGCUGCUGAAAAUCUGAGCCGGACUGCAGAGUCUGGAGGACUGACAAGAACACAAAAGUCAGAAGAGGACGGCAAAGGUCAACUUCCUGCUCGUGUGCCGGGACGUUAAAAACAUUUGAUGAGAUUCCCGGCAGACGAGCUCGAUGCUUGUAAACACAACUGUGAGUGUCGCACUUCUGCACCGUGACACAAUAAAG